AUGGCGCCACGCCCUCCAGCAGACAUAGUCUCCCGCUCCGAUGCGGACGCUUGUGUCUACCGGGAUUUGCGCUCCCACCGCCGUCCCGAUAACCGCCACGCCAAACAAUCGGCAAAGUACUACGGCUACCGAGGCGUCCACCCCAGCUGGAUUGGCCAGCCGUACUUCGACAUUACUACAGGGUCACAAGACCCUGACCGCGAGUCCGAGUGGGCAUACCAAUACCCCAACCUCCACGCAAGCAUGGAUCCACUACUCCUCGCGGAAGCCAACGGUACAGCAGUGCCCAAAAUAGCGACCUGGACGAAGCGAGAUAUGUGGCAGGAUCGCGAAAAUGGCAUAUGGCCACUUGAUCGACGACAUCACGUGGGCAAGCGAAUCCGCGAAAAGAGGUGUCGGAAGUGGAAUGAGCUGGCUAUGGGGCGGCGGAUGAGGCAGAGGAGCAGGGAAUGGGGGUUUGUGGUUGAGGAUGCGCGCGAUAUGGCUAGGCUGCGGUACGAUGAUGUGGAUACCGUUUACUGGGAACUUGACGACGUGGACGUCGAGGAGGUGUACAAUGAAAGAGGAGAGCCGCCGCCCGAGUGGAUCUAUCUUGACGGGGAGAGGUUUUUCGACGCAUGGUUCGAGAACGGGGUUGGUGGCUAUUGGGAAGAGAGCGACGGGGUAGUUGAAGUUGAGGACUGUUCACUUGCGGUUCAAGAGCAGGACGACUUGAACUUCAUCUGGCUUCGAAGUGUCGAGCGUGCUGGGAAAGACAGCGAGGAAGAUGACUACUGCUUCGUAUACAGGCACGAGGGCCGCGAUGACAUGUCGAACUACGCCGGAGAGGAUUGCGACUUUGAGAUGAUUGAGCUGUGGACGGGUGUUAGGUAA